CGCCGCUGUACGUCGCGAGCCAGGAGGGCCAGCUCGAGUGCGCCCAGCUGCUUCUCGAGGCUGGCGCGGCGAUCGACCAAGCCUGCAACAACGGCGCCACGCCACUGUUCAUCGCAUGCCACCAGGGCCACCUCGAGGUCGCCAAGCUCCUCUCCUCCUACGGCGCCUCCCGCGCCGCUACGCCCUUCGGCACGCCCGAGGAGGUUGCAAACAGCCAAGGCCACGCCGACCUCGCCGCCUGGCUGGUCGCCAGCCGCGGCUGGACGCCGCUCGCGCACCUUGAGACCCUCACCGCCGCCCGCGCCACCUCCCUCCUGCGCAGCGGCGCAAGCUUGCACGAGGGCGAGCCGACGCCGCUGCGGCGCGCCGUGGGCGGCGCGGGCGAGGCGGCGGCGCUGGUCCGGCGGGCGGCGGCGCCGUGGUCGCCGGCAAGCCACUCGCUCUUCCCCGCGCCGGCCCGCGCGCGGGCGGCGCUCCUCGUCCGCUCGCUCUACGAGAUCCACGAGCGGUACCACCUCGACUCGGCAGGAAACACGAACGGCAUCGCGGCGCUCGACUUUGGCCACUGCGUCUUGGGCUUCGCGAUCGCGCGCGAGACGCAGUAAUAGGGGGGCCUGCUUUCGCGCGCGGCGCUUGGCGCCGCGCGUAUGAUCUUGGUCCACAUGCGGAUUGGCUAUCAUGACGCCUUCGGUGGGCGGUUUGACUUUGCCGCGCGCGCGGCCAACGGCAUGCUCUGGAGGGCGCCUGGAUCGAGGGCGCCUUUUGAGUGUGUAGUGUACUAUGAAAAU